GGGAGAGCAGAUAUAGUGAAUGCAGGGUUCGGGGAGAGCGGAUAUAGUGAAUGCAGGGUCCGGGGAGAGUGGAUAUAGUGAAUGCAGGGUCCGGGGAGAGCAGAUAUAGUGAAUGCAGGGUCCUUGGAGACCAGAUAUAGUGAAUGCAGGGUCCGGGGAGACCAGAUAUAGUGAAUACAGGGUCCGGGGUAGAGCGGAUAUAGUGAAUGCGGGGUCCGGGGAGACCAGAUAUAGUGAAUGCAGGGGUCCGGGAAGAGCGGAUAUAGUGAAUGCGGGGUCCGGGGAGACCAGAUAUAGUGAAUGCAGGGUCCGGGGA